AUGACCUGAUCCCCUGCCGUAACCUACCUCAUCAUGUCCCUAUCCUAUGCUAUCCCAAUCCUACUCGCAGUAGCCUUUCUAACCUUAGUCGAACGAAAAGUCCUAAGCUACAUACAAUCCCGUAAAGGCCCAAACAUUGUGGGCCCCUUCGGCCUACUACAACCAGUAGCAGAUGGGGUAAAACUAUUCAUCAAAGAACCCAUCCGCCCCUCUACCUCUUCCCCCCUUCUCUUCACCAUUACCCCCAUACUAGCUCUCCUCCUGGCAAUUACAAUCUGAACCCCCCUCCCCCUUCCCUUCCCUCUUGCCGAUUUAAACCUGGGCCUUCUUUUUCUCCUAGCCAUGUCUAGCCUGGCAGUUUACUCAAUCCUAUGGUCCGGAUGGGCUUCCAACUCAAAAUACGCCCUAAUCGGAGCACUACGAGCAGUAGCACAAACCAUCUCCUAUGAAGUAACAUUAGCCAUUAUCCUCUUAUCCAUCAUCCUACUAAGCGGUAACUACACCCUAAACACCUUAGCCACUACCCAAGAACCACUCUACCUAAUCUUCUCAUCCUGACCCCUUGCAAUAAUAUGGUACAUUUCCACACUUGCAGAAACAAACCGCGCCCCAUUUGACCUUACAGAAGGAGAGUCCGAACUAGUUUCCGGUUUUAAUGUAGAGUAUGCUGCCGGACCGUUCGCCUUAUUCUUCCUAGCCGAAUAUGCUAACAUUAUACUAAUAAAUACACUAACCACCAUCUUAUUCCUAAACCCCAGCCCACUUAACCUCCCCCCUGAGCUAUUCUCAAUUACCCUCGCCACAAAAGUACUGCUCCUCUCCUCCGGCUUCCUAUGAAUUCGGGCCUCAUAUCCUCGAUUCCGCUAUGACCAAUUAAUACACUUACUAUGAAAAAACUUCCUCCCACUAACAUUAGCACUAUGCCUCUGACACACCAGCAUACCAAUCUCCUACGCAGGUAUCCCUCCCUUUCUAAGA